GCCAUGCAUCGUGCCUUCUCCUUCCCGGUGACUGUGGAGCGCAGUCGGACCAAGGAGCGUCUGGAGGCGAGUCUGGCCGGGCUGUGCGAGCUGGAGCUCCGCAAGCAGAGGCAGGAGUGCCUGGUGCUGGGGGCGCUGGCUCUGGGAGACCCUUUGCUGGAGGACUGCUCCAGAGGAGAGAUGGCGUGUUUCAGCAGCUGGGGGCAGGAAAACUUGACACUAAGGCGCCAGCUGAGUGCACUUCAGAGUUCCCCAUGGGGCCUGAUGCAGGCGCUGGAACAGCAAGUGGGAGAGCUGAGGAUCGACACUGACGAUGGCUGCCAUGAUGGCGCUCAAGGAGACGCAGGCGACAGUCGGCCGAGCUCUGGUUUCUAUGAGUCGAGUGAGGGUCAAUCACCUAAAGGAAGAUCUUGUACCACGGAGCCCACAGAGACAGCCUCCCCCUGGGCUUACACCAACGACAGGCCAAAGUCUGUGGGAGACCCCCUCAUAAUGAAUGGAGAACCGGAUGUACCAGUCCUACGCACCACCCUACCCCGCUCUUUCUCUGCCCCUUACCCACCUCUGGAGGGCAUCGCGGAGGAAGGCGGGGCAGUGGACUACUGGCAGUGGGACACCAGCGAAGCCGGCCAAGGCUGGCAGCAGCAUCCUGCAGAGGAUCAGGUCACAGAGGAGGACUACCAGCAGGCUUUGAGGGUAGAGGGUUACAUCCUAAGUCUCAUCCAGCGUCAUGCCCUCGCACCACGGCCGUGUCAGCCUCGCACCACCCUGAGCCCCGACCCCCCAUACUGCGGUGCCUCUGGACACAGCUCCCUACACAGGAGGACUCCCUCUCUUACCACAGAGCAACACUUUCCUGACCCCCACUUCCAGCCCCAUGUUGACCUUUCAGCAAACCCUAAGAGCCAGGGCUGGGGUUUUGACCUGCAGGAGGGGGAGGCCUGUGGAGGAGAGGCCCCAUCUUUGGAAGAGGACUGCUAUCUCGCCCUGCCCUACCCCCAGUCCAGGCCACACUCCCUGGCCGAGAGGCUACCAUCACCUCUGCCCUCCCUGGACCCCAACUGUGGCGUUGGGGCUCUUGACCCUUAUUGUGAACCCCCAUCCCCCCAGCAUUACUUACAUCCACAACUCCCUAUUCAUCACAAACACAAUUUAGUAAGCGCUCAGUAUAUCCCUGGGCAAGCCUGCAGUGCCCCUGUGCGCUCCCCCAGACACUACCACCAAGAGCAGCCUAAACCCAACCGUGUUGUCACCUCUCCUGACCACCCAAAGUCCAGAACUUCCAAGAAGAGCAACAAUGAGCGACAGAGAACCAAGAAAUCGAGCAGUAAAACCAGUCGAUCCCAGUCUGAAAACAGCCUCCUGGGCCAGAGAUUGCUGCCUGAGCGCAGAUACAGCACCACCGAGAGACACCAAGGCAGAGGGGAUCCUGCUCAGAACCAAGGCCAAGUCACUGGACAGCAGGCGGGCAACAGCGUUGACAACGGGAGCCGACGUUGGUGCUCCAACCUGGAGCUCAGCCAGGACGAAGGGGAGACCGUAGCAGGGCAGCAACAUAGACGACCACCGCGUAAAGUUCGCUACGGUCCUUCUUGUCCCCAUUCCCAACAGCAGAACUACAACCACCACCAGCAGCAGCAGACCCAGACCCAGCGCUGGCACCCCGACUUCCAGGAGAGAGCGCCUCUCUGUCAGGGAGAGGGGGGCUACGCGGGCGCCGCCCCCGCCGAGUCCGAGUCCAGCAUGAGCGAGGUGUAUUCCCCGGCCUCCAGCUCGCUGUCCAGUGACUCAGAUGAGAGCGGGGGGCUUGUGUGGCCCCAGCAGCUGCCCCCACGCCUUGCUUCUACCUCCUCCUCCUCCUCACCUUCACCACAGGCAGCUGCCAACGCCCCCUCUCAGCCAAAAGCCUUUGUCAAGAUCAAAGCCUCGCAUGCUCUGAAAAAGAAGAUCCUCAGAUUCCGCUCAGGGUCCCUCAAAGUCAUGACUACUGUAUGAGGAAAUGCUCAAAUCUGUUUUAAACCCAAAAACUUUCCUACCGUGUUGUAAAGCCAUUUUCUGAGAAACACUGUGGCUGUUACUUUUGGUAACGGAACAUUUGUUAACUAACCAAUCCAGUUUUGACACGCUACCUACCUCUAAUUACAGUAUGUUCGUAGUGAGAGACAUUUACAUUAAUGGGCAUGAUUAAAGAUCGGCUAGAGAUCAUCCGGUUGAAUUUAUCUUGUCGCCGCCAGCCAUCCGACUUUAGACUAAUGAGCAGUAUCCUGCUCUAAUUGAUGAUAAUUGGUGUGAUGCAUAGUUACACUGUGUUGACAUGGACCACAUUGGUGUGACUAAGUGACUGAAAAUACUGCCGGUUUGUCAUUCUUGAUGCCUGUUGGCCUAAUAGUUAAUUAAUCCUAGAUGUGUUCAAUUAAUGUGUUCAAUAAGAUUUGUAGACUUAGGCCAAAUGAUAGUCUACACAACUAAAAGGUACAUUGUCAAAAGCUUCAAGUCUUGCUAAACUCUAUCUCUCUGUCUCUUCACUCUAUUCUCUAAUCACUCUAAUCUGGGUCAACAGCUCAAUUUAAACCCAAGUAAUUAUGAAUAGAAUAUUUAUUCAUUAUUGGAAAGUUCAUGCUCAAAAUGUGCACGGUUAGCUGACUUGCUCUGCACUGAAUAAAAAAGCCUGUAGUUACCAGUUAAUUGGAAUUUACUGGAGUGUACCAUUUCAACACUGUUUCUAUUUUUCCCCACAAAUCAGUAGCAGAUUACAUGGUUCUUUCCAGGAAUCUUCUUGGAAGUGAUUUAGAUAUUUGUAGGUUAUCAUUCUGAAACUACAGACCCAUGAAAUAAAGCACUAGUAAAAAACAUUACUUCAGUGUGCGGUAAAACUUGAAGCUUUAGAGUAAGGAUUUGUCUUGCAGUUAGCUUGCGUCCAAUAGAAGAAAAAUCUCUCAUUCGUGCAGGAGUGAACAAAUGUGUAAUAGUGCAAAUCUAUUUUCACAUUUGGCACUCCCACAGUCUCCAAAUUGAUGGUCUGAUUGUUAUUCUCUGAGCGGGGAAUAUCCAGAUUAUUAAUAGGUACUUAGCUCUGCCUCUUUGUAAACUGUGCUGCAGGGACCGAUGAGCAUCAACAGGUCUGUGAGUAAGGAAUGGGUUUAGUAGAGGCCAUUGUAAGGGACCGGUGUACAUGCAUGCACAUACAGUAUGUAUAAGUGCACAUAUUGAUUGAAACAUAGGGACACAGAAUUGGACACUCUUGUAAAUAUGUGUGUUUCUGUAUAUACCAUCA